AUGCAAGGAGCGUCGUCCUCUUCAUCAACAAGUGUUCCACUAACGUUUGGUGUGUCCACUGGGGCAACCAACAAGAACAUCUUCAUUGAAGAGACCGAUGACGCCAAGACGCACAAUCUCAAUGCCGAACUGAUCGAGCAAGACGUCUUAAGGGCAGAUGACAUCAGUAGGCAAGACAAGUUUGCGUACGGGGCGAUGCCUUGGGCACGACUCGAUCAAGCAAGAUGUGAACGAAUUGCUAAAAUGGCGAAUACCGCUCCGUCGGCGUCGUCAGAUGUCAACAGUCACGUAGGAAAGAUCGAGGCAGAAAUGGUCAAGCUUCGACUCGAACUGCGUGAAGCUAAGAAGAAUGAGGAGAGGCUGCGCGAAGAUCGGAACAUUUGGCGACAGACAGCCGAGCAAUUCCAACAGGAAUACGACCAAGAACAAGACGGAGAUGACGGACAGAACUUCGAAGAGGAAGUAUCCCCAUCCGAGUCUCCUACGAACCUUGGACCACGUGAAUGGAUAGCGUGGCUUCAGCCGGCAUUCCGUCCGAAUCCUGAUAUCGAUGCGCUUAACGACUCCGGGAACAUCAAGUUCAAAAGCAUUGACGUCAAGCUGGGUGUGGCUAUGACUGCCAUGGUCAAGAAUGGUGGUGAUGGUGCACAAGAUUUGUACCUGAAUGUCAACCGCUCGGCGAACAAGCUCAUGCGUGAUCAAUCAAAGCUACUCAAAGGGAGACAGAUCAUCGCUAUGAUGUACGAAAGCUUCAGAAGUCGCGAUCGACUGGACAUGAUUGUGUCACUUGACUUUCUCAUCAAGUUGCAGUAUCAAGGUGACCAGAAGAUGAACGUGUUCAAGCAGACAUGGUUGGAGAUCAUUGAGCUAUGCGUGCAGUACGACAUGCUGAACUACCAUGAUCCGGAACGUUCCUACCGCAAGCUUCUCCACAUGAUGGAAAGAUGUAUUCGGAGGAAUCGAGAGAACAGAAAUCAACAGCAAAUCAGUUCUGGUCUCAACUUGAUGGUGGCCGGCAAGGACUCAAUGUCUGCUCUCGCGGCGAAAGUCAAAGGCGGUGGAAAGGGUAAUGGCACUGCACCCGGCAAGAAGGGCAAUAAGGCGGACAAUGAGAACGUUCUUCUUCUCCGAGCACAGCGAAUGCAGGUGUGUUUCAACUUCAAGAAGAACGGAAGUUGCAGUCGGGACAAUUGCCCGUACGCUCACGUUAAUCCCGCUACACCAGCAGAAGGCGAGGACAAGCCCGAAGCUAAGGCCAAGGCUAAAGCGAAGGCGAAGUCUGAAGCCAAGGCUGAAGCAAAAGGGAAGGCGAAGGCAAAGGGCAAGCCGCAGAAUGCAGCUCCAGCAAUCAGAAUGUGCAGAGCAUGGAAUCCUCUUGCUCCAGCCGUGUGCAAGAAAGCGUGCGUUGAGGACGAUGAAGAAUCUGAGUGUUCUUCCAUCGAAAGCGACAUAGAUUCGGAUUGUUCCACAGAUGAUGAGCGGGAUGGAACGACUUGGUCGGCCAAACCGAAAGUGGACAAGCGAGUUACGUUUGCUGCAGAUGUGGCUUUCCAAUCAUCACAACCAAGAAAGUCGAAGAAAGACCGUGGUGAGAAGAUAGUCAAAGUCAACACAAAGAGACUCAUCGAAAGUGAGAGUCGAGCAAACGAGCUUGGAUUCGCAAUGCACAAAGCUCGAUUGAAGGCUCAGUUAAUGAGCGACAUGGUGUCAGAUGACAUGCCUGGCGAUCGACGUGUGUAUGUCCGAAUUCCUGGGACAGACAAGGUCAAACAGAUCAUAUUCUUCGACGGCGAGGAUGAGAUUGUGGAGAUGAAGGUCAACUCCAAGAAGAGCAAAGGACUGAACAUCUUCGAUGAAGUCACAUGUGUGGUGCAGCCUACAUGGGUACGACCCAAGAUCAAGUUUCUUAUGGACACUGGUUGCGGACAUGACCUCAUAUCUCAACGCAAAGUCGAGAAACAUGGAUUGGAAACGCUUGUCAGCCCGGAGAGUGGAGUAUCGUUCCAGACUGCGAAUGGCAAUACUGCUGCGGACUUGAUGUCCAACUUCAAGACAAAGUCAUGCGCGGAAACGAUCAACGCCUAUGUUCUCGAUGAUACACCAUCAGUUCUUUCGGUGGGAAAGAGAUGUAUGCAGCAAGGAUAUGGUUUCGUAUGGCCACCCGGCAAAGAUCCAUUCAUGAUCAACCCGGAGGGCAAACGGAUAUCUCUCUUCGUACAUGGCGACAUCCCUCACGUUCGUGCGGGAAGUCAGAAGUCAAGACCACGCAAGGAUGAGGUUGCGACCAACAUCAAAACCAUAUUCGACAACAUUGGUGAGGAUGGAUCGAUGCAGAAGGUCCGCCUGAAGAGGAACUUGAAGGACCUCCUGAUGAUGAGAUAUCGGCAGAUGAAGCUCCUGACGAAGAAGUGCCACUGGCGGAAGCAGGAAGGCCUCCAGAACCACCAGACGGAGAACGUGAAAAUGAGGCAGAAGACGAAAGAGAGAUCGAGGUCGAAGGUGAAGGAGCACCUACUCGCAAAGCGAAGAUCGAUGAAGCACUACCGGACGGAACGUGGAGCUUUCAAAAGGGAAUUGAAGUCAUGGGGGGAUUUGAUCACCUUCGACUUCCUGGACAUGCGCAAAGCUGCUGCCAUGGGCGUGGGCAACGACGACGAAGAUCGAGAGAUUCUGGUUGUGCGCGAUGUUGCAACCAAAGUCAUCGCCGCUAUUCCGACGAGGAAUCGAUGCACAGAAGACGUGGUGGGUGCUUUGAGGAGAUUGAUUGGAAGACGGAAGGUGAAGCUUGCCUACAGCGAUGCUGCGCCCGAGUUUGACUCAGCAAUGAUGCAACUCCGAAUUCCAGUUGAUCAUUCAUUGCCCGGUCAUCCCAAGAACAAUUCUCUUGCAGAAAGAACCAACCAGGUGGGGAUCAACACCGUGGCUACCGCGCUACUUCAUGCAGGAUUACCGGCGCAGUAUUGGCCCUUUGCCCUCAACUGUGUGACUCACAAUCUCAACAUCGAAGACGUUGAAGGGGGUGGCGAUUCAGCAUGGAAGAGAAUGACGGGGGAAGACUUCAAAGGGAAAGAAAUACCAUUCGGUGCAAAAGUAUUCUCAAGCCUACGUCUACAAGAAAGGACAUGA